AAACUAAAAAAUCAAAAAUUUUCAACUAUAUAGUUUUAUUUUUUUUAAAUCUUGUGUAAAAAAAAAACAACUCAUUUGGAGCCGAAUGAAAUAAUCAAACUUUCCUCACAUUUAAAGAUGAAAAAGUACAUAAUUUGAUACUCCGCCCUCAUUUUCCUUUACCCUCCCAAAUAAAAGGUAAAAGUAGGCAAGUAGUGGUCUAUUCUAAGCAAACAGUGGUCGUCAUCUACCCCUACUUCACUCACUUGGUAACUAACUACUCGUGGGACGCCAUGGACGGAAGAAAAAGGCAGAAACGCGCCGCAACCGCCGAAGAAGAGAGUCCGGCCAUCGGAAUCGAUCUCGGAACCACUUAUUCUUGCGUCGGAGUCUGGAGGCCUAAGCACAACCGUGUUGAGAUCAUCGCCAACGAUUUGGGCAACCGAACGACGCCGUCUUGGGUUGCCUUCACCGACGUCCAACGCCUUGUUGGCGAAUCUGCCCAGAACCAGGCCCCCAUGAAUCCCUCCAAUACCAUCUUCGAUGUGAAGAGGCUGAUAGGUCGAAAGUUCAGUGAUGUAUCGGUGCAAAACAACUUGAAGCUCUGGCCUUUUAAAGUCAUCGCUGGCCCUGAUGGCGGCAGUGGUGGUGGAAAGAAACCAAUGAUAUCUGUCACUUUCAAAGGUGAAGAGAAGCAAUUUUCUGCUGAGGAGAUAUCUUCAAUGAUCCUCCAAAAGAUAAAGAAUACGGCAGAGGCUUAUCUACGUAGGCAAGUAAAGAAUGCUGUUAUCACCGUUCCUGCCUACUUCAAUGAUGGCCAGCGUCAAGCAACAAAAGAUGCUGGUUUCAUUGCCGGGAUUAAUGUGCUGCGUAUCAUCAAUGAGCCCACAGCUGCUGCAAUUGCCUAUGGUCUUGACAACAAAAUAUCCAAAAGUGGUAGUUCUGCUUCAAAGAACAUACUGGUUUUUGAUCUCGGUGGUGGGACUUUUGAUGUCUCCAUUGUCACAAUGGAGAAGGAUAUGUUUGAAGUCAAGGCAGUUAAAGGGGACACCCACCUUGGGGGAGGAGAUUUCAAUAACAGGAUGGUGAGACACUUUGUAGCUGAAUUUGAAAGAAAACACAAGAAAGACAUCAGUGUGAAUCCUAGGGCUCUAGGGCGUUUAAGAGCAGCUUGUGAAAGGGCCAAAAGAAACCUUUCUGCAACUACUGAAACGUCUCUUGAUAUUGAGUGUCUAUUUGAGGGCAUUGAUUUCUCUUCAAGCAUCACCCGUGCACGAUUUGAGAAAAUGAAUUUGGAUCUGUUCAAUAAUUGUGUUGAGCUAGUUGAGAAUUGUUUGAAAGAUGCCAAAAUGGAGAAGAGUCACAUUCAUGAUAUUGUUCUGGUUGGUGGGUCCACCCGCAUCCCAAAGGUCGAGGAAUUGAUACAAAAGCUCUUCUCUGGAAAGAAGCUGUGUAAGAGUAUAAACCCAGACGAGGCUGUUGCCUGUGGAGCAGCUUUUCAUGCUGCAUCCCUGACUGGUGCCUGUUUGGGUGUGAGCAAGGAUGUUGUGCUUUUGGAUGUUACUCCUUUAUCUCUUGGUGUUGAGCUGCACAGCGGUGAAAUCAUUCGGUUCCCCGUGUUUGAGGGGGAAAUGCCAAUAGCAAGGGACAACUAUUUCCUGGGCAAAUUUACCCUCUAUAACAUUCCUCCAGCACCCAAAGCUGUUCCUAAGUUUGAUGUUGAUUUUGAAAUCGAUGUCAAUGGCAUCUUGACUGUGUCUGCAGUGCUGAGGGGUAGUGACAAUAAGGACCAAAUCAUUAUAACCAAUCACAGCGCUAGGUUGUUGAAGGAGGAGAUUGAUCGGAUGGUGAAGGAGGCUGAGGAGUACAAAGCUCAAGAUGAGGAGCAAAAGAAGGCAUCAGUGGCUAAAAAUGCAUUGGAGAGUUACAUUCACCACUUGAGGGGCACUUUGAGUAAAUUUGGAUAUAGGGUUGAGACGAAGGACAGAGUAAUUCUGCGAGAAGCAGUUGAGAAAACGGUCUGUUGGUUGGAGUGGAAUUACCUUCUUUGCGAUGCUCUCAAGUUUGAGGAAAAGAGGAAGGAGCUCGAGGUCAUAAGUGAGCCUCUAAUUACAAAGAUGAUACAGUCUCGGCAGGAAAGUGUCAAGGUCGAGGUCAUUGAGAUAGACGACUAGUGGGCACUGAUGAAUCUUGAAAAUGUUGCAAUUCCAUUGACGCAAUAAUUGGAGGGAGAUCUGACGAAAUGAAUGGUGGAUCUAGAUGAUGGGUUUUGUAGAUUCAACAAAAGAUUGAACAAGAUUGAACGUGGAUCUGAAGUGAUGGUGCGGAUGGGUUCGACGACAGAUCCAAAUCGAAAUGGUGCAGAUGGGUUCAGCGGAUCUACAUGAUGAUUUCUAAAGAUCUGUAUUUUUUUUAGUGAAAAUUUAUUCCUAGAUCUGCUUGGCAAUGAGUCCGAAUGAGGCAGAGAUGAGAAAAAGAGUGUUGCGGGACAUUAGGAUUAGGGGCAUUUUUGGAAGGUCAAACUUUUUUUACACAACCUUAAAAAUGAACUCCGGUCAAAGUGGGAAGGUCAAUGUAGGACGGAGGGAGUACUGCGUAAGACGUUGGCAUUUUUUACAGGUAAUUAAAAGUUAAGUGGCAGUUUAUUAACAAAAGGAAAGGUAAUGACAUUUUUGACAAAAUAUAAUAGUUUUGUGGAU